UUUCAUAAAAGGGGUAAAUACAUCAACUUAGAGUUCUCAAGAAUGGAAAAAACGAUUUGAUCUUAAUCGAAAUCAUUGACAGAAAGUGUGGCAAAAAUUUUCAUAACACCCAACAUUCAUAGGAUGAUGCGGUUGAACUUUAAGACAAUAUUACUUGUAAUAAUAGUUGCAGUGUUAAGUUCAAUAUUGACAUCAUGGAAUAAUUGUGGCCCCCCAUUGUUUUUUAAAAAUACUGACUGGAAAACAAAAUUUCAACACAGAGACCGACAAAAUUCAGAAACUGGAUAUCAAGAAAUAGAUUGCCACAUUAAUGGUGAUUAUUCUAUUGGGUGCCGUAAAGAAGGAGAUGAAGUAUACAUACCAUUUUCAUUUAUUCACAAGUAUUUUGAGAUUUAUGGCAAGUUAGCCACCUAUGAUGGUUUAGAAAGGUUCGAAUGGCUGCACAGUUAUUCAAAAAUUGUUAAUCCCAAAGGGAAAUAUGAUCCACGAGGAGUGUUUAUGACUUUCGAGAAUUACAAUGUUGAAGUUAGGGAACGUGUUAAGUGUAUCAGUGGAAAUGAUGGUGUACCAAUAUCUACUCAGUGGGAAAGUCAGGGAUAUUAUUAUCCUACUCAAAUUGCUCAAUUUGGACUGUCUCAUUAUAGCAAAAACUUAACAGAACCAGAACCUCGUAGAAAAAUUAUCGAGGAUUCUGACAAAACUAAACGAGAAUGGACUGUACCACAGGGGUCAUUUGUAACUAGAGUAUUUGACAAGCAUGCUAAUAGUCAUGUAAUGAAAUUUGCUACACCUGAAACUAGUACUUCUGGAAUUACAUUGAAGUUAGAUCAUGUGUUGGACUUUGUAUUGAAGUGGGAUUUUAAUAUUAAAGACAAUGGUAGUAUUAUGGUUACUAGGGAAAGAAAAGAAAUAUAUUAUCUGCAUUACAUUACUAGUAAUAUAGUAUUACAUGCUUACAACAACCAUGUCUACUAUGGAAUUGGUCAAAUUAACCAACAAUGGAGAAGAUACACUAGGGACUUGGUUAUUGACUUACAAAAAGGUUUAUAUUUAAGUGAUAAAAGUAAAAAGAAGUUGUCUCGUUCUAAGUUAAAGAUGAUAAAAAUAACUUUGUAUGGAUCUGGAAUGAUUGAUAAUAUAACAUUAUCUACAAGUGAACAUAUGGAACAAUUCUAUGAUGCAGCUAGAUGGUUUGUAAUCAAUCAGAAUAUUAGUUCGGGUGGAUGGGCAAAUCCUGUUAGAAGAAAAGUAGCACCUGGAAUGGCUACUCUUGAACCAGGAUGGUAUUCUAGUAUGGGUCAAGGGCAUGCAAUUUCUGUAUUAGCGCGAGCAUAUUAUCAUUCCAAUGAAGAGAAAUAUCUACAAGCUGCUGUGAGAGGUUUGCAGCCUUUUAGAUUAUCCUCUAAUAAAGGAGGUGUAGCUGCAGUAUUCCUAGGUAAAUAUGUAUGGUACGAAGAAUACCCUACAACACCUCCUUCUUUUAUACUUAAUGGUUUUAUUUAUUCAUUAAUUGGAUUGUAUGACUUGAAGAGUAUAGCGGCAGGAAAGGAUGCUGAAGAAGCAUCUCGCCUCUUUAAUCAGGGUAUGACCUCACUGAAACACAUGUUAACUUUGUACGAUACAGGCUCUGGCACUACAUAUGAUUUGCGUCAUUUUACAUUAAAAACAGCUCCAAAUUUAGCUCGAUGGGAUUAUCAUUCUACUCAUAUCAAUCAGCUUCUUCUCCUAAAUUCAAUCGAUAAUGAUCCUAUCUUUACUACUACAGCAGAACGGUGGAUAGGUUACAUGAAUGGUAAGAAAGCUGCGCACAAUUAAUUUUUUAUCUUCAGUAUUUGACUGCCUUAUGCAUUUAUUUUUAACUUAUUGAUAUUGAAAAUCUCAUCCUUCCUUUUCCAUUUUUGUAUCGUAUAACUCCACAUAGACGAGGAAUAAA